AGAAGUGUAAGUAACCUGAGACCACAUAGUCAAGCAUCGUCUGGAUCAGCUCGUAUCGAAGGGAGAGAAAACAAUCAAGUCCACGUUUAGGAACGAGGAGGACGAGAAGAGAAAAUCUGUAAAUGAAAGUAAUUGAAAGAAUCUGAGGAAGAAUAAGCAUGUGAAGGAUUUGACAUACAAGAGGUGUUGGGAUGAAGCUCCAUGAGAAGAUUUUGACCCACUAUCUAUCGUGCACGUCUCCUGUAGAUAAAGAAGGAUAUCUCUACAAACAGAAAAAGCGCAAUACCAGCUACCAGCGGCGGUGGCUAGUCCUGAAAGCAAACUUGCUCUUCUACCAGGAGCGUCCGGGUGAUCGAAACCUGCUGGGGGUCAUCGUGCUGGAGGGUUGUGCAGUGAGACGCGCCGAAUGUGAUGGACAGUUUGCCUUUUCCCUGAUGUUUGAAGGGCCCGGACUGAAAACGUACACAUUCGCAGCAGCAGAUCGUCAGAGUCAGGAGAGCUGGGUGAAAGCUCUGCUGUCGGCCAGUCACUGUUACCUCUCCCUGCUUGUGAGAGACCUGAGGAGACAACAUGAAGAGGCUAAGCAGCAGCAAAGCUCUGGAGAACCUCAUCUCCGCUCCUCUGCCCUCGAGCAGUCCAAGGCCAGCUUCCUCUUCCCUAUGCGGGGGCCGACAGCAGCAGUGAGGGAGGGCAGAAGCUUCAGUGCCAGCAGUAUUUUACAAACACCUUCAGUACCCAACAAAGUGGCAACUAAAAAGUCCCCGAAGCUGUGGUCCAGGAGAAAUGCUCUCGUCACGCCGCUCAAUGGGCCAGCGCCUUGUCACGGUGAAUGGCCUUUGGUGGAUUUUGAUCCACUUGAGGACUUCAGCAAACUUCACGACUAUUACGGCCAGGAGGUGAGGAAAGCAAGAGAGGAAUGGCUGAGGAGUCGACAGGCAGGAGAGGAUGGAAAUCUCAUCGACUUGGCAUGAAAAGAGACUCUGAGGGGAACUGAGAUGUUUAUCAAAGAGGAACUGAAACCUCGAAGGUGUCAGAGUCUCUAGUGUUUGUCUCUACACUAGAUCUGCUCAGUCUCACGUUUCCCUUCUAUGUUCUUUGAUUCAUUUGACAGAAAACGAAUGUUUCUGAUUUGUCUGAGACGACGCCUCAGUGUCCAUGAGAUUAACUAAGGAACAAACAGAAACAUAUACAGUGUGAAGAUAAGCUCUUCUCACACGUUUGACUUGGAAAAACACGUUACUCAAAACAUUAACAAUGACUCUGUUCUCAAGUGUCAGCUUUUAACCACAACCAGGAUCUGAUAGUGAAACAUCUAACACGUCACAAUUGAUGUAAUUCAUUACAUCCAUGUUUUAUGGGAAAGUUUUAAUAAAGUGUGUUAUUUUUAUUUAAAUAUCUCAACUAAUUGAUAGUGGA